UCCGUUCCCAGGUAUUGUUCUCGGCACCAUCUUUGUCGGCGGGUCCCUCAUGGCCGGACAAGAGAUGACGCCCGGGGACCUCAUGUCGUUUUUGGUCUCCUCUCAGACCGUACAACGGUCCAUGGCCAGUAUGUCCGUCCUCUUUGGACAGGUCUUACGAGGCAUGAGUGCUGGGGCACGCAUCUUUGAGUUCAUGAACCUGACGCCGGAGAUCCCUCCGUGCGAGAGGCAAGCACUCACCUGCAGCAUGCUGACGGGCCACCUUGAGUUCCGCGAUGUGACCUUCAGCUAUCCCACCCGGCCGGGCUACAAAGUCCUCGAGAACUUCAACCUCUCCAUCCCGGCCAACAAAAUGGUGGCCAUCGUGGGCCAAUCCGGGAGCGGCAAGUCGACCGUGGCGGCUCUGGUGGAGCGCUUCUACGAUCCCACCAAAGGAACCAUCUUCCUGGACGGGCGGGAUAUUUGCACCCUGGACGGUUCCUGGCUCCGCGGAGAGCUCAUCGGCUUCAUCAACCAGGAGCCGGUCCUGUUUAGCACCACCAUCAUGGAGAACAUCCGUUUCGGCAAGCUCUGCGCCUCGGAUUCGGAGGUUUACGCGGCCGCCCGGCUGGCGAACGCCGACGAGUUUAUCCGCAGCUUCCCAGACGGAUACAACACGACUGUGGGUGAGGCCUCUAGCA